CUUACCUACACCAGCCGGUCGUCGGUUAGGCACCUCACCCACCGCAUUCUUCGUUCCACGCUCCCUUUGUACACGCACCCAUUCGGAUUCUCUACCUUUCGAUACAUUGUCUGGUAUAUUCAAACUUGUUAUCUUCGCUCGCCGUCGAUGGAGGCUGCGUCGGCGCGCAUGGCGGCUAGAGACCGCUAUGGCGCAUUCGGGGAAGCUCCCACCUCGCAGCUACAGCGAUUCAUCUUGAAUGCUUGUGACCCCCAAAACUUCGAGCCAAAUCUAGCCCUCAACCUCGAGAUCACCGAUCUGAUCAAUGCGAAGAAGGGAUCUGCUCCUCGGGAAGCCGCUGUGGCCAUCGUGCACUACGUCAACCACCGCAACCCGAACGUUUCUUUACUCGCCCUCAACCUUCUCGAUAUAUGCGUCAAGAACUGCGGCUAUCCUUUUCAUCUCCAAAUCAGUACGAAAGAGUUUCUCAACGAACUGGUUCGACGCUUUCCAGAACGACCGCCUGUACAUUCAUCCCGGGUACAGAAUCGGAUACUCGAGUUGAUUGAGGAAUGGCGCCAGACGAUAUGUCAGACCUCACGUCAUAAAGAUGACCUGGGUUUCAUAAGAGACAUGCACCGGUUGCUUAGUUUCAAGGGCUACGUUUUCCCCCAAAUUCGCAAGGAGGAUGCAGCAGUCCUUAACCCCAGUGAUAAUCUCAGGUCUGCGGAGGAGAUGGAAGAGGAGGAGCGGGAGGCACAGUCCGCGAAGUUACAAGAACUAAUACGCAGGGGUGGUCCACAAGAUCUGCAAGAAGCCAACAAAUUGAUGAAAGUCAUGGCGGGCUACGAUACUCGGAAUAAAACAGAUUGGAGGGCCAAGGCUGCCGAAGAAGUUGGCAAGAUACAACAGAAAGCAAGACUUCUCGAGGAGAUGCUCCAAGGCUACAGGGCGGGAGACGAAAUUAAGGAGGGUGACGUUUUCCAGGAACUUGCAAAUGCGUUGCAGAGUGCUCAACCAAAAAUUCGCAAGAUGUGUGAAGAGGAUUCCGAGGAUCAUGAAGCGGUUGCUAAGCUUUUGGAGAUCAACGAUAGCAUACAUCGGACAAUUGAGCGGUACAAACUCAUCAAAAAGGGCGACGUCGAAGCAGCAAAUCGCAUACCCAAGGGAACGCUUGGCUCAAGUGGAGCUGGUGUAUCUAAGGGUGCGAAUAAUACACUUAAUUUGAUAGACUUUGGCGAUCCCGAGCCCACGAGUGCCUCAGCCAAUGCAGGCAGAGCAGCAGACGAACCAGCACCCUCUCGUCCAAAGGGUAACGCUUUGGAAGAUGAUCUUCUGGGCUUGUCGCUUGGUGGAAAUGACUACGGGCAGACCGGCGGCAUCUCGUUGGGCGGUUCAAACGGCUCAGUCCUGGGCCUAUCCGGUUUUUCCGGUCAGCAGGCACAUAAUCAACAACCUGGUGCAGCCCAGUCCAUCGUCGAUCUAUUUGGAUCGGGUCCUCCUUCACAAGCAGCAUCGCCAUUGCCAGUUUCGGCAUCGUCUCUUACAACUGCACCAUCUUCACAACCCGCUCGCUCAACGCCUGACCCAUUCGCUGCUUUGUCCUCACAAGCUCCACGGCAGGCCUCGCCCUUCCAGUUCCAGCAAUCUAUCAAGUCGCAACCCUCACCGAAGCCCUCUGGAAGCGUCGAUUUGCUAGGCAAUGCGUCGAGCCCCAGUGCUUUCACUGCGCAAAGCACUGCUGCUGCCACUGACGACGACGAUUGGACGUUUACAUCCGCUGUUCCAGACACCUCGAAAGAGAUUGUCGUUAUCAAUAGCGCCAUCAGCAUUCAUUUUUCAGUAUCCAGAGAAUCAGACACUACAUUAUUGAUUAAGUCUCGGAUCUCAAAUAAUACGCCAGCCCCCGUCACCGAACUUACGUUCCAGUCAGCAGUCUCAAAGGCAUAUCAGCAACAGAUGGAGCACCAAUCAAGCGUCUCGUUAGGUCCAAAGCAGCAGAACGGGAUUUCACAGAACAUCAGACUUAUCGGUGUGCAACGCGGCCAAGGCAGUAAUGUUAAGAUGAGGUGGAAGGUAGCGUAUUCGGUUGGCGGCAUCAGGAAAGAUGAGAUGGGAGAGAUUAGUAGUUUAGGCGUACCUUAACCCCUGCAGAUUAGAGGGAAUGAUUCGUGUUGCUGCACGCCCGCGAUCACUUUUGUGAAAAGGGUGUCUAUAUCGAAGAACCGUGACAGAAGUCAAAUGACAUGGUAUGACGAAGAUGAUAGUUUCUUCUAUUUUAAUCGUGAUGCUCAAUGGAAUCAAAAAAAGU